UAGAAUCAAUUGAUGUAGCUGCAUAUAAAAUGACAGGCCUCCAAUUGGUAUGAACUUAAGAAAAGAUUUUAGCAUGUUCAGACUGUAAUAUGAUACACAGUACCAAGUUAGAGCUUGUGUGUGUAUGUGUGUAGGAAUUAGAUACGGGCCAUGACUGAAACAACAAAGGGUUUUGUUAGUGCUUAUGAGCGGAAAAUCAGAUUAUUCUUUCUAUCCAAGUGGAAAAAUAAUAAGAGAAGUCAUGAGAAUGGACCCCUGCUGAAAAGUAAAAAGAUGAAGUGGUAAAAACAGAACAAUGAGAACAAUGAGCACAGGCCAGAAACCUGAGAUAUCAUGGUAAUCCACUAUUUUAAAGAGGUAGAGUCUGUAUUUUUAAGCGGGACUCUUAAGUACGUCACUUUCUGGAAUUUAGGAGUAAAGGUUUUGCAAUUUUGCAUUAAUUACAAAAUUGUAAAUGAAAGCUCCGUGUGCACAAAUAGUUAAACAAAUGUAACACUGUUCCUGUAAAUUCAAUUGCCAUAGAACCAGAAAUGCACACAUUUUGCUAUUCUUUCUACAGUACAAAUACAAUGGCAAUACAUUUUUACAUAGCGUCUAUGUAUAUAUUACUGAAAAAAUAAUGAAAGAAUUCAUUUGGGCAGAGCCUGGUUUGGGCCAGAUAGUAAACCACACAGGCAGAAAUGCCUAAUUGUUCAUUUUGAAGUCAAUUGGUUUUCCAGUAUUUCUACAGGGAUAUAUUUUCAUCAAAAUAGAACAGAAUGUAUGUUUUUUUUCUUGAUAAUGCCCUGAUAACUUUCUUGCUUCCAUUAAUGAAUCAGUUAUUCAUAACAGUAAUGCUGCAUUUUCUAUACUAUAACAUUAUGAUGUCGACAAACACAAUACAACCAAGGGAAACUAGUUUCAUGUGGUGUUCAAUGAAAAUGUGGAAGUAGUACUUAAUCACUCUUAUGUCUGUUUAUUCCGAUCCAUGUGGUUGCUAUUUUUAAUUGUCUCUAAGUAGGAAAAAAAACAAACUCCUAGAAUCUACCUCUGAGUAUUGAUGCUGUUGUAUCAGAACACUGCAUAAUGUUAAUUAAGCAUAUAAGAUUUGCAUCUCGGUAUAUAAGUGCCUUGAAAUAAUGACUCUUAACUUUGGAUUUCAAGAAAGAAAGGUCUACAAUGUUGCUACUUGCAGAUAUUGUUUUAAUUGCUGUUUUCACAAGUGCAGAAAAUCCUGUUUGUCAACCGUAUGGAAAGCAGCAAUUGCCUCACUUUUCAAAAGAAGGGGGUAUCACAAUAGGAGCUCUUCUUUCAUUUCAUAAGAAAAGUAUAUUUGUGAAUCCAUCAUUUAAAGUCAACCCAGAGGAAAUGGCAUGUGAAGGGUAAGUUUUUCAAUGUUUGUUAUUCAUUUAUGUUUGCUUCCAAACACAAUACAUUAUAUUAAACUCUUUGUUUAUUCAGAUUUGCGGUAUAUUCUAUCCUGAAAAAUAGUGGCAAUAAUAAUAAAUUAGUAAAAUUAUACAUUGCACUUUCCCUACAGUUUAAAUCCUGCAGAAUUCCAAUAUGCUCAAACUAUGAUCUUUGCAAUUGAAGAAAUAAAUAACAGGUCAGACAUUCUACCUAAUAUUUCUUUGGGUUAUAAGAUAUAUAACGCUUGUGGUUCCAUGAAUCUGGUUGUAAGGGCAGCACUGGCUUUAAUGAAUGAACAGGAGAAAGGAUUUCAUCCAGAUAAGACCUGCAACAGAAAAUCCACUGUUGCUGCAAUAAUAGGGCUUUCGGGAUCUUCACAAACAAUUGGACUUGCAACAACUGUUGGACCCUUUAACAUGCCUGUGGUAAGUCACUUUGCUUCCUGUGCCUGUCUCAGUAACAGAAAGGACUUUCCCAGCUUCUUCAGAACAAUUCCCAGUGAUUAUUACCAAAGUAGAGCCCUGGCAAAGCUUGUGAAGCACUUUGGAUGGACCUGGGUUGGAGCUAUCAGAACUGAUGAUGAUUAUGGCAACAAUGGGAUGGCUACCUUCAUUCAAGCUGCCCAGCAGGAGGGGAUCUGUAUUGAAUACUCAGAGGCCAUUUAUAGAACUGAUCCUAGAGAGAAAUUCCUUAAACUUGUAGACAUUAUUAAAAAAUCGACUUCAAGACUAAUUAUUGUUUUUGCAUCUUAUAUAGAUUUUGAAAUAUUAGUAAAAGAACUAAUCCUUCAGAAUGUCAUAGGUUUCCAGUGGGUGGGCAGUGAGGCAUGGAUAACAGACAGCAAUCUUGCGUCGCGUGCAGGUUAUAAAGUCCUGGGUGGGGCCAUUGGCUUUGCAAUUCCAAAUGCAGAAGUACCAGGACUGAAAGAAUUUAUUUUAAAUGCUCGUCCAUCAGACACACCUGGAAACACUGGCUUAAGUGAAUUCUGGGAAAGUAUUUUCAACUGUACCCUGAAUUCCCAGAGUGAUGUGAGUAUGAAGCCAUGCACAGGAAUGGAGUCUUUGGAUGAAAUAAACAACCUAUACACUGAUGUGUCUGAAGUAAGGAUAUCCAACAAUGUGUAUAAAGCAGUGUAUGCCAUAGCCCAUUCAUUACACAACCUGAUGAUGUGUCAAAUUGGACAAGGACCUUUCGACAACAGAACAUGUGCAAAUAAAGCGAAUAUAGAACCCUGGCAGGUUCUCUAUUACCUGAAGCAAGUUAAUUUUACAACUAGAAAUGGAAAAAACAUUUAUUUUGAUGAAAAUGGAGAUCCAGUAGCACGAUAUUCAAUAGUGAACUGGCAGCUCAACAGUGAAGGAAUCACAACAUUCAAAAUUAUUGGUGUAUAUGAUGCCUCUUUACCAGAAGGACAACAAUUUUUAAUGAAUGAUGUUAACGUGGUGUGGGCAGGCAACCAGGAUAAGAUACCAAAGUCAGUCUGCAGUGAGAGCUGCCUUCCAGGGACUCGUAAGGCCAUUGAGAAAGGGAAGCCUGUCUGCUGCUUUGUCUGCAUCCCCUGUGCAGAGGGAGAGUUCAGCAACACUACAGAUUCAGUGGAUUGUGUGAAGUGCCCUUCAGAUUACAGAUCAAAUGAACAAAGAAAUGAUUGCCUUCUAAAAAAUAUUGAGUUUUUGUCUUUUCAAGAAUUUAUGGGAAUUCUAUUAGUAACAUUUUCAUUGUUUGGAACUUGCCUAACCAUAAUUACCGCUAUUAUAUUCUAUUGUCACAGAGACACUCCGCUUCCAGUACCGGCCCCCAGGUCACAGGAGCGAACGCUAAAGGUGUUUCAGGCCCAAGAGUCUGGGGGUCACAGAGAGUGA